AUGCACAUUGUCAAUGACACCAAAUGGUGCAAGAAGGACACCUUCCGGUUAUGUGAUAUAGUAAUCAGCACCGCAGAUGAUUCCACUAUUCUUGAAGUCAAGGGUGGGUGCGUUGUUCAGCCCGUCUUCAGAAGCCCUGAUGGUUUCCCAGUAACCGUAUCCCUGUUGGAAGUAGCCUAUGCUCCUCGGAGAGAGUGCAAUUUAUUCCCAGGGAGAAUGUUUGUCAAUAAGGCAAAAGUAACUGGCCUCUACAGCAACCAAUACAUGACAUGGAUCAAUAACAAAGGCCACACGAUCGGACAUGCCAGUUUUAGAGGAGGCCCUUAUCUCCUCAACGCUAGUGGGAUAUCCGAUGGCCUUGAACUCACAAAUGCUAUAGCGGCCACAGUCAGGUUUGAUGAUCCCGUGUGGAAAUGGCAUCGGAGACUGGGUCGUCUCGGGUUUCAGAACGUGUUGAACUUGCUGAAUUCGUCUACAAACAUCACGGCGAAACAGAUCAAGGCUAAACUCAGGGCUGUGUGCCCUGCAUCACAAGAUUAA